AUGAUAGAUUCAUUGUAUUACGCCAAAAUAGGUACACCCGGCUGUUUGACUUACAACAAUACGUGUGUUGAUGAAUGUCCGGAGUAUAUGCAUAGAUUGAACAGUGAGUGUCGACCUACACCUUCCCAGAGGACCUGUGAUGAACCAGUCGCUAUUUCAAUGGGCAUUAUCUGCGACUGGUCAAGAUGUGACUGUGACUUUCCUUUCGUUUUACACCUACCAUCGGGAUACUGCUUCCUAUUAGAAGAUUGCCCGUACACAGGUCAUUGCCCUCUGCUAAAAUUUCGCUAUGGUAAAUGCUACGGAGACAACACCCGUCAGAUUUUAAAAGAAAUCCGAACAAAGGGCUUAUUUAAUAAGCCCCUUAAAUAUCGGCCGGGCGAUAACUACGAGGUUGACAGUUACCCACGAAGAGACACACCCUCACGAGACGUUUACGAGGACCUGCGACACAGGAACGGACACGUCACGGGAUAUACAGGAUACGUGCCCGGGAUGAAUUUCACAUACGGCAAAUCUUUCGGGCGAGCGUCAGACGACUGCAUGACGGACUUCACGACCAAUCAACGACAAUUACGACGAAAAGCCGACAUCAACAGAAGUUACACACGAUCGAGGAGCGCUCCCAAGAUGGAAACGAUACACUCGCGAGACGAAAUACGGAGAGAUUUGAGCAGAUUCAGAGAGAUCAAUAAAUAUAAAGAUAACACUAUAUCACCAGAAUUCCCACCGAUAGCUGGCUACACGGGACACAUUCCUCGCAUCAAAGGCUCAGAGGCGUCACUCAGUCAAAGAUAUCAUUGUGCAGCAAAACGAGGCCUAGAACUGAUCAAACAAGAAAGAGAAAAACGGAAAGAACUCCAAAAUGCUGACGCGAAUAUCAAAUCUAUACUCAAAGAUCGCAAGACUUCGUAUUGUAAUUGGGGAUAG